UGGCCUGCCUACUUUGGCGAACCUCCUGGAUCCUCCUGACUACAGACACAGUUUCGGUGCGCAGCUGAGUUUUGCACAAACUCCGUCUCUUCCCUCCAAACUAGACCGUGUGACUGCGCGCAGCAGGAAUGGCUCAACCCAGCGGGAUCCUGAUUAAAGGAGGCAGAGUUGUGAACGAGGACUGCUCCGAGAUCAGCGACGUGUACAUAGAGAAUGGGAAGAUAGUUGAAGUUGGACGGAACCUUCAGAUCCCAGCGGGGGUCCGGGUCAUCGAUGCCACCGGUAAACUGGUGAUUCCGGGCGGCAUCGACACGCACACGCACAUGGAGCUGGCGUUCAUGGGCACCACGGCGGUGGAUGACUUCCACAUCGGAACCAAGGCUGCUGUAGCAGGAGGGACCACCAUGAUCCUGGACUUUGUUAUCCCCCAAAAUGGAAAGUCUCUCCUGGAGGCCUACGACCGCUGGCGUAAGAUAGCUGAUAGCAAAGUUUGCUGUGACUACUCACUGCAUGUCGCUGUCACGUGGUGGAGUGACAAGGUCAAGGAGGAGAUGGAGACUCUGACCAAGGAGAAAGGAAUAAAUUCCUUCAAGAUGUUUAUGGCCUAUAAAGAUGUGUUCAUGCUGCAGGAUGAUCAGCUAUAUGCUGCCUUCGCCCAGUGUAAGGAGGUUGGAGCUAUAGCUCAGGUGCAUGCUGAGAAUGGAGAUUUGAUUGCAGAGGGGGCCAAGAAGAUGCUGUCUAUGGGCAUCACGGGGCCCGAGGGCCAUGAACUGUGUCGACCAGAGGAGGUGGAGGCCGAGGCCACCCAACGAGCCAUCACCAUCGCCCACGCUGUCAACUGCCCGCUCUACGUGGUCCAUGUCAUGAGUAAAUCUGCCGCCAAGGUGGUGUCUGACGCACGCAGGGAUGGCCGUGUGGUGUUUGGGGAGCCAAUUGCAGCUGGAUUGGGCACCGAUGGUACCCACUACUGGAACAAAGACUGGGCUCAUGCUGCUGCCUUUGUCAUGGGUCCUCCUCUUAGACCUGAUCCCAGCACCCCUGGGUACCUCAUGGACCUACUGGCCAAUGAUGAUCUAAGUGUGACAGGGACGGACAACUGCACCUUCUCUGUGUGCCAGAAAGCUGUGGGCAAAGACAACUUCACCAAGAUCCCAAACGGAGUGAAUGGUGUGGAGGACAGGAUGUCUGUGAUCUGGGAGAAAGGAGUGCACAGCGGCAAAAUGGACGAGAAUCGAUUUGUGGCUGUCACCAGCAGCAACGCAGCAAAAAUCUUCAACUUCUACCCGCAGAAAGGCCGUAUCGCCAAGAACUCGGAUGCUGAUGUGGUUAUAUGGGACCCCAAGAUGACAAGGAAAAUAUCAGCCAAGACCCACCACCAGGCUGUGGACUACAACAUCUUCGAGGGCAUGGAGUGCCACGGUGUCCCAGUCAUCACCAUAUCCAGAGGCAAAGUGGUCUAUGAAGACGGUCAGCUGAAUGUGUCCCCAGGCCACGGCAGAUUCAUCCACAGAAAACCCUUCUCUGAGUUUGUUUACAAAAGAAUCAAGCAACGGGAUCAGGUGGGAAAACCUACAGCUGUGAUCAGAAAACCCUAUGAAGGCAAAGUCAUUUCUGUAUGAACAACUGGCUGAGAACAUAAAAGGCAUUUUGAAUCUCCA